AUGAGCGAUAACGUCGACUGGUAUAGAAACCAGGUCAUUUUUCUGACUGGGGGUACUGGUAACUUAGGGGCAUGUCUACUCUACAAGCUCUCACUUCAGCUGCCCACGAAAAAGAUCUUCAUCCUCUGUCGCGGGUCGGUGCGCCGUGCAGUUGAAAAACUGGAAACCGCAAUGCCCGAGUAUCUCGACCUCAUCCUAGAUACACGCAAAGUUCAGUUUAUAUCACCAGACCUUCAGCGCCUCCGUGACGAGGUCACAGUGGUCCUCGACUCAGUCGGCGACAUUUCACUCCAACGAUCACUCCCAGCGUCGAUACAGGUCAAUUGUGUCGCUCACUUGGCGUUGAUGGACCUCUGUAGGAGCUUCAGUCACCUUCAAACAUUCCUGCACCUCUCGGCUACGUCCCGUCUGUACCCAGUACGUGACAAUGAGCCGGAACCAAAUGCGCAGCUCUCGACUAUCCAGGAAACAGGGGGGUCAGACUUGGAAGACGCCUUCCCAGCUCCGUAUGCCUUGGCCAAACAUAUUGCGGAGAGGGUAAUCCUCAGCCAGGCCGACUGGCCUUUUCUCGUUCUCAUCGUGCGGCCAUCGCUGUUCAGUCCUGCCUUGCGCGACCCGUAUCCACUAUACGGAUCAAACGAGUCAAUCCUAAUCAAGGCCUUGGGCAUGAGCAUGGGCUCCCACUGGUCUCCCUCCCGACUGCUACAGGAACUGGGAGAACAGACCAUCCUGGAUGAGAUCCCCGUUGACCUGGUGGUCAACACCUGCUUAGCCCACCUUGCAGCCGGGUCGGGCGGGAUCGUGCACGCCGCUGCGAACCUUUAUAUGCCACGGAAGCUUGGUGAUGUCACUAUCCAGUGCCACCGACACCUACCCGCUGAUCUAACUGAGAUGGUUUCUAGAGGUGGCGACGCUACAGGUGCCGCACAUCUGGGGCCUGUGUUCUUCCGCAUGUUGCUGCAGCAUGCUCGAGAUUGGAGGAUAGAAUGCCCCCGGUCUCAGCAUCUGCAAAGGAUCAGUGAUCCUGCACUAGGGCUCAACCUCGAAGGACAUGACUUCGAGGCUUUUAUGCAGCAGCGCUGCGAACUGAUGGCGAAAAUCAUUGCGCGCCGGCUAAACCAGGCCAGACAGUCGAUCUCGUUGUCUUGA